CAUGCAUUGCAGACUACUAGCUAGCCACUACUAUUUUCUCUUCUCCCGCCUUGAGAUCCUGAUUUGUAGUACAGGACACAAAGCUUGGUUACCGAUCGAUCCGCGCCAUGUCAGGGAACCCGCCGGAGGCGUCUGGCAACGUGGAAUAUGACGUGCGGCAGCAGCACACCUUCGACUGGAGCUACCUUUUUCCUGCAGGCGGCAUCCUUUUCGCGCUCGUCUUCGUCUUCCUCGCCAUCCGCAUCUUGGUGCGCGCUCUGAUGCUCCGGUUUCGCGGAGUCGGCCGCCCCCGGUCUGGCGGCGGGCUUCCAGCCGCCAUGCUGCGCUCCCUCAGAAGUAUCAGCAGCAGCAGGCGCGGGCUGGAUGUGUCCGCACUCUCCGCGCUGCCGGUCACCGCGUACCGGAAGGGCGUUGUCGCCGGUGCCGGCGCCGGGGCAGCUGACUGCGCGGUGUGCCUGUCGGAGCUUGCGGAUGGAGACAAGGUGCGGGUGCUGCCCAACUGCGGGCACGCGUUUCACGUGGAGUGCGUCGACGCCUGGCUGCGCACCAGGACGACGUGCCCUCUCUGCCGGGCUGAGGUGGAGCUGCCCCAGGGGAUUGGGAACGGGAAGGCGGAGGCGGCAGCUCAGUCGUCGUCCUCGGCCAUGGAGCCGCUGCCGCGACCGGCGUUGCUCGGUGCAGGAGGAACCUUGAUCGUGACCGUGCAAGGCGUUUCGGAUAGCCGGCGAGACGUGCCUGGGUCAACAUCGGGGUAGGGUAGCCCAAUUGGAACCUUCCUAUUCCUUACAAGGACUAGUGGAUCACUUGUAACCGCAUCAAUCUAUUUCAUCGAAUGAGCGUUCCUUGCAGUUCCUAACCCCAAUUGUGGUGAUUAUUUUAUAUUUUCUCAA